AUGGAUGCCGAGGUCGAUGCGAUCGAUGUCGAUGAUGACGAUGACGACGAUGCUGGCAUAUUCAGCAUCGCCAAUGACCGCCAAAGUGAGGACGAUGAUACCCUCACUGGUGAAGACAAAGUUCUUUCAGCAGUGCACACGAAGCGCACUGCUGUUGACAAGGAUGAAUAA